CUUUCUUGGAAAUUUGGUGAUUAAUGUUACUAAAAUUGAGUAAAUCCUGUGUUUAUGUUAAGUCUUUGUUGCAACGUUAGCAAUAUAAUAUCACCGCUAAGGCAACAGACAAGUCGCACGCGUUUGGUCAGAAUCCAAUUGGCUCAUAUUUAGGACAUAAUUGUUGUUCAGGUGCGGUCAUUUAAGAAAUCCUAAAGUUGGUGCAGCAUAACAUUUAAUUUGCGUGUGUGGACUAUGGAGUUAUCUAUAGUGGUUUUUACGUUACUAAGGUCAGAAACAUUAUUGGAUGACUGUUUGAUAAUCAGCUAAUGUAUUAAUCACAGAAGCUGCAGUGACUGCAUUAUAUUAUGUUGCUAAACAGUUGUUCUAGCGUUUUUAAACCAGUAGUUUUAUUAAUUUCGCACGGAAUGCAGUUCGUGAAAUAAGCUCUAAAUGAAAAAAUAACCGAUUUAAGUGAAUAACUGUGUUCAUUGUAAAUCUAAACAUACAAGGGGGAACCAAUCGAUCACAGAGAGCGAUCGCUGCUGACAACGUCAGCAGCACUCACAUUCAGAUUACAAUAAUAUUUCACAUUAUUAGUGUUUUUACUGUUUUUUUAUAUCAAAUAAAUGCAGCCUUGGUAAGCAGAAUCGAUAUAUUUAAUUAUUUAAUAUUAUUUAUAUUAUAUAAUUAGGCUAGUUUGUGCAGUUACAUUUAUGUCAAUUGAUCGUUAGAAGGGAUUAAAAUUGAUUGUGUUAUGUUCUGUAAUUGUUGUUAAUAAAUCUGUCAGAAGAAAGUGUGUAAAAGUUUGACUACAGUAACCAUAUCUAACCAAGCUUCAAAUACCAAGAUAAUUAUUUCAUUUAUUGUUCAUUUAUGCAGUUUAUGCUUUAUUUAUAGGUAGCAUAACUGUUACUUUUUUUUACAGUUCUGCAUAUAUAAUAUGACAAACCUAGGAGACUUUGCUGUAAGAGAAUUAAUCAUGUUUUUGUUUUCUUUUCUCAGGUCCGGUCAGUACCCACCACCCUUCCCUGUUAACAUCACCCACAGUUUAUACUUUUUCUUAGAAAACCAGCGGCUCUUUUAAGAGCCACUUCAAUAGACCCUUUUACAGCCCACGUGAUCAAAUAGCCUGCACGCGCAUUUUGGCAACGGAAGUGAUGUUAUUUCCCAGUGGUUCUAACGUGUAAGCAACUCAGAAAGUUUAUUAAAACGAUUUCCCCACAUCAAAACGUCUGGUUGUAGCAUUUGGUUGCACUAAUAUAAUAUACGUAUAUGUAUUUGGCCAUCUGCUAACGUAUUCUAUCCACUCCACUAUAGUACACGGAUCUGGUAACUGUGUAGAAGAUAAGUCAACUUUUUAAACUAACUCUCUCUGUCUGUGUUGCUUCACUGCUGAUUCUUGCCGUGCUUCCGUUGCCAAACUGCGUGCGCAUACAUUGCCAUGUCAUCAUUGUGUACAAACAGUAAAAGGGUCACUCAUUCACUCUUUCGCAAGCUUCUCUGUUUUCAAUUUUGUUGAAAUGGCUGCUGAGCAAGACAGAGGGAGAGCAGAGGAUGUUAUUUUCAUAGCAGACAUGCUUCUUGCUCAAAUCAAGGCAAAGGAACCCAAGGGCAAAGCAACAGCCAUUAAAGGGAGUACAUUUAAUGUCCGAUAGGUGGAGAAAAUGCUGAAGGACGUCCACUACUAAAAAGAAGCAGAAGUGAAGAGAUACAAAGCUUCAGCUACAGUCUGUUUAUUGCCUACAGUGAGACCUCCACAUUUCUGCACUUGUGAUCAUGCAAACAUCCAGUGUAGAGCACUUCACCUGCCCGGCAUGUAGACCCAACAAUGCUCGCUCUUUGUGCAGAUGGCAACAGAAAAACCUACAGAUUCCGUCAGUCAAAAGAAAGGAGCUUCAAGCAGCCACAAACGGAGAGUUCUUUUGGACAGAUAUUGCUUGCAAGUAUUGGCCAUACCUUGAGAAGGCAUCAGUCUCCAUGUUGGAACUCAGACCUUUACUGCAGAUGAGACCUUUCCUUUCUGUCAUGCAUGCCAAGGCUCAUUCAACCAAGUGUCAGAUAAUCUGGCAAAAAUCAGGAAGGUGCUGGUACAACUGCAGUUGUGGAGGUCGAAAUGGUCAACAGCAACCUGUCUCGUUGUGGCCUCACAACCAAGUAUCUGCCAGGAAUGACAUGCUAACUGUCCAAGCUAUUGGGUGGAACCAACGGAAGCAAGAAGGCCUUCAGCAUUAUCCAGCAGAUACGUCAAGAAAGGCUCAGAGACGGGAAGAUUUGAGCAGUGAACUGGGGUGUCCUGAGAACAUUGUGAAUCAGUGGGUACAAGAUGUCAGACAAAAGGCUACUGAUGGUUCCAGAUGUGAUGACCAACAUAACCUUCAGAAAUGAAUUGAACAAAUGUUUCUUAGUCUUCAUCGAAAAGCCAGCCUUUAUAAUCACACUGAAUCCAGCAACACCCUCACCAAGAAGAUUUUUUUGAUGUAUACAUGUCAAAAGUGCGCCUUCAAGAAACAAAGAUCAUUGUGAUGAGGGAGAUGAGACACCACUGCGCCGCACCUAUCUCAGAAGCCUGGCUAGGAACAUCGGGAAAAUGAUAUCAGAAAUGUCUUCAGGCAAAAACAGUGGCAGUUUAAGUGAAGAGUGUCAUCGCUGGCUACUGUGUCGUCUUCAGAAAAGGCUUGCAGAUGUAGAGAAGAAGUUCUAAGUUUGCUCAAGUUACAGCCAGGCUUUAGGACAGUGUUCUUCACUCCCAACCCUGGAGAGCCGGUGUCCUGCAGACUUUAGCUCCAGAUAUAGAGUGAGAGAGUGAAGAACACUGCUUUAGGAUCAAAUGCUGUUUCUCUGCUGGAGGAUGAGCCCGAGGAGAUACUGGAGGACCACAAAGAGCUGGAUUAUGAGAGUUCAGAUGACAUUUUGGAUUUGGAACUCUGAACUGGUGUAUGCAUUUAGACUGUGUGUCACACUGAACUGCAGGUGUGUUUCAUGGAAAACAUAAAACUAUUUGGAAAUGUCAUGGAUGUCUGAUACAGUGCUUUUAUUUUAGACAACCGUUUCCUGCAGUGUGUAAGCACAUUAGCCUCAUAGAUUGAUGGGAAACUACUGUUAAAUACGUUUUUGUAUGAUAAUACAUAUCUCUGUUUACAAGCAGCAGGUUAGCUAUUAGGUUUCCCCUCCACCUCCGAUGUUUCACAGACUACUCCUACAGUCAACUGUGUUGCUACAACUUGCAAAUGCCACAAUCCUCUUGCAGUGGUUACUUCACCAAACUGUGCCCAUAUCAUCUUGUCAACAUAAUGACAUUUACUGUAGAAAAAUAUGUAACACAGGCAAAAUAGAUUUGCACAUGUUACUAUUAUUGUUAUAUAGUUUUAUACUGUACAAAGUUUUUUCAUAGUGAUUUGUGGAUACUUUUGGAUUGAACUAACUGUAGCCUAUGUCAUUGGAUGAAAUACUUUCCAUAAAUGACUGAUCAAUAGCAUACCCAUAUUUGAUGCAUGAGUUAAUACUGUUGUUACCUUUUCAAUGAAAGGAAAUGUUUUACAAUGCCAUGUUCUUGAGGUAAUUAUUAAACUGUUUCAUAUAUGUACCUGCAAAUUUGUUUGCUAAAGCGUUGUUUACUUUUCCCUGUUUUGAAAAUGAGAUGUAAAACUACUUUUUUAUUUAUGCCUUAAAAAUAAAUGAUAGUUUAAUACAGGUUAAAUAAUAAAACUUGUUAAUAGUUAA